AUGUCUGGAGAAGUAUUUUCUGGUGGAGCUACAACUUCACAACACGUUGAUGCCGAAGAUGAUGAUCAUUUUAACAAUACCACAUUUAAAUUAAAAAGAACAAGAUCUUUGGGUUUAUUAGAUGAAUUUAUACCUGAAAAAUUAAAAGAACAAGAUUCAAAUAAUGAACCUAAUCUGAAUAAAACCAAAUCAUCAUCAACAAUAGAUCAACAAUUUAAAAAGGGAUCACUUCAAAAUAAUUCAAAAGAUAAUAAUAAUAAUGAUAUAAUAAGUUAUAAUAGUGAUUAUUCAAGUAAUUCAGAUAAUAAUAAUUAUCCACAACAUAAUAGUAAUCAAUCAACAUCAGUAUCUUCUUCUCCAUCACCCGUUGCAUCACCUACAGCUACACCAACAUUAAACUUACAAUCACCCGAAUUGAUACCUCAUGACGAUUCAGAUUUAACAGCUGAACCUUCACGUCAUGUGGAUUAUUUAUCAUAUCAAUGGGAUGUAUCUGAUAUAUCAAAAUCUUGGAGAUAUGUCAUUUCAAAAAAGAGAGAUGUUGCAAAUGCUGCAAGAUUAGAAAAUGCAUCAUGGAGAACUUGGGCUCAAAGAAGAUCAAAUUUGAAAACUAUUAGUUCUGAAGUAGUAAAUUGGUCAAAAGAAAGUGAUGUGACUUGGUUAUAUGGUCCUAUAUUGAAAAAUAACACCAGAAGUAAUAGUCAAGAUGGAGCAAAUACAGGUAAUGAUGAAAAUGAUGAUGAUGAUGGUAAUUCAAUAGAUGAUGAAUCAACUGCAACAAGCGCAGUUGCUGGUGAUAUAUCAAUAGCAAGAAAACCAAGACGAUCAACAAAAGAAAAACCGAAACCAAUAUUAAAGAAAAGAACUGUUGAAGAAUCUAUAAUAAGUCAUUCAAAUUUAUUUAAAUUAGAAUUAGCUACAAGUCUAUAUCAAAAGAAAAAAGAACAACAAAGACUACAAAAUGAACAAAAUCAACAACAACAACAACAACCUGAUGAAUAUUUUAAUUUUGAUGCAUUACUGAAUAAAUUAAAUGCUCAAUAUGCGAAUAAAUCGUCUACGGAUAAUUCAAAUGUUGCAAAGUUACAAACAUUAUUAAAUUCAAAUUCUUCAAGUUUAUCAACUAUAAAACAAGAUGAUGCAAAUAAUCAACGAUCAAAUAAACUUGAUUUGAAAAAAUCAGAUAAUCAUACUACUGAAAACCCAACCCCACCUAAUAGACAUAUUCGAUUUAAUGAAGAAGUUCAACAAUGUAUUGCCUAUGAUUCUGAUUCUGAUGAAUAUGAGGAUUAUAGUGAUAAUGAAGAUGCAGAAGAUGUAUAUGAUGAUUAUAAUGAUCAAGUCAAUAAUAAUCUAUUAAGAAGUCAUCUAUAUGAAGGAGAUAAUGAAGAAAAUUAUAGUGAUGAAGAUAAUGAAGAUGAUGAAGAAGAGGAUGAUGAAGGUGGAUUUUUUUUAAAAGUGAAAUCAAUGUCUAAUGUGCCGUUAAAAAUGGGAAAUCAUCAAUCACAACAACAAUUAAUUAAAGAUUCUGCGUCAUCUGAUAAUGAAUCAUUAUCAAGUGCUAGAAGUUAUAGUUCUAUCAAAUUAUUACCUCCGACAUCAUUAAAUUAUGGAUCAGAUGAAGAAUCAAGUGAUGAAGAUAAUCCAUAUACUUCUUCAUUAUCUCAUAAUGUUAAUAAUGAUAUAAGUAGAGGUUAUGAUUAUUAUUAUGAUUAUAAUACAGUAUAUACAUGUGAUCCAAAUCAUUCAACUUAUCAAACUCCAGAUGUUGUUGAUUUACCUGAAAAUUUAAAUUUAGGAUCAAAUUUUGAUUAUGAUUCAUUAGAAAAUUCAAUAGAGCAUGAUGAAAAUCGUCAAGAAAGUCCUAUAACUUCUCCAAUUAUGCAACCAACUAAUUCAACUACUGUUAGUCAAUCACCUUUUAAUUUCAGUGACUCAGAAUCUGAUGAUAGUGAUGAUGAAAAUAAUGGGUUGAGUAUAAGAACUAGAAGAUCAAGUCAAGCAUUAGCAGAGCUGAUUUUUCAAUCAAAUAAUAAUCAAAACAAUCAACAAUCAACGCAACAACCACAAACACAAACACAACCUGAAAAUCAACAUAUUUCAUCGAUCAAUCCUAACCAUAGAUCAGGGUCAAUAUCAAAACAGACAAGAAGUUCAAAUUCAUUAGCUGAACAAUUUGGAAAUCCAACAAGAGAAUUAACAUCAGAAGAUAAAUCAUUAAGUCGAUCAUUUUUAGGUGGUGAUUCUAACAGUAACAAUUCAAAACCAAAUAAAAGUUCAUCUUCUUCAUCAUUUAAUUUUUCAAAUCCAAUUUCAAAAUCAUCUGUUUCACCUCCUCAAACUACUUCAGAAAAUGCUUUUUUUUCGUCACCUUCACAUACACAACAACAACAAUCACAAUCUCCUCAACAACCACCUAAGAAAACUUUCUUAUUUGAUGAAGAUUCAGAGUCAGAUGAUGAUUGA